UCGAGCCCUUCUUCGGCCGCCGCCGGACGCUGCGUAAGAGCCGCCGAGUCCCGCUCGAGCACCCCCCGCAGGCAUGAGGGCGAUCCCGGAGGAGCUGACGACCCUCGUCUCAGAUCUAGAGACCUUCCUCUGCAGUGGCCUAAAAGGGGAGAAUUUGAGCAAGAGGGCAAAGGAGAAGAGCGACGCCCUCGUCAAGCGAAUUAAAGCGGUUAAAUCUGGAUUCCCACAGGACUUCAAGGACAAAGGUGGAGAGGAUUCAGACGAGGAGGAAGAGGUCGACAGCAACAUCGAUGGAGGGUCUCUGCAUUCAGAGCAAACGGACAAAGACGAGGAGACCAGCGAAGGUGCCCAGCAGUUGACGCCGGUGGCCGCUCAGGACCUUCCCUCCGUGUUUAAAGCGGGAUACCUGGAGAAGCACAGGAAAGAUCACAGCUUCUUCGGCACCGAGUGGCAGAAGAGGUGGUGCGCCCUCAGCAGCCAUACGUUCUACUAUUACGGGAGCGACAAAGACAAGCAGCAGAAGGGCGAGUUCGGCAUCGACGGGUACACCGUCAAACUGAACAACGCCUUACGGAAAGACUCGAAGAAAGACUACUGCUUCGAGAUAUCGGCCCCCGACAAGCGGACGUACCAGUUUUGCGCGUCGUCUGCGAGGGAGGCCGAAGACUGGGUGAAGCAGAUCGACUUCGUUUUAAGAGAUAUGACGGGCGUCAUCCCCGAGGAAGAGGACGAGGAGCAGGAAAUGUACGACGACGUCGGCCCCGCCGCUGCGCCCGAGCCCAUCGAUGACGACAUCUACGAAGAGCUCCCAGAGGAAGACAUGUCCACCCCGCCAAAGCCUUCUCCAAAAGCGGAGCCAGUGAGCAAGCCUGCUGCUCCUGUGGCAGUUAAUAAGAGCGCAGACUACCAGAACUACUACCAGGGCAUAUGGGACUGCAGAGGAGAACAUCUGGACGAGCUGUCCUUCAAACGCGGGGAUGCCAUCUACAUCCUGAGCAAGGAGUAUAACAGCUUUGGCUGGUGGGUCGGGGAGCUGGAAGGCACCAUUGGAAUCGUCCCCAAAGACUACCUCAUGGAGCUGUACGCCAUAUAAAUGAAAUGCCCUGUUUUUCCACUGUGCCAGACUGAUGAUUGUGUCGUUUCCAUAAGAUUCCCGAGAAGGCUGUUGAAUCAAGAGACGUCUUUCUAAUUUUGCUUUGCACUGUUUUAUUUAUUUUCUGUUCAUUUUCUAUUCAUCAUAAUCAGCAUUUUUAGUAUUUGCAAGUGGCAGUUGAAUAAAGCUUUAA